CUGGCCCAAUGCCACCUUCCUGGGCAGCUCCUCCCUGGACCAAUCAGAGCCGCGCACGUGAGCUGGAGUUUGUGUUGCUGGGCUUUGCACAUGUGCCUUCCCUGCGCCCAAUGCUCGCAGCACUCUUCCUGGCCGCCUUCUUGCUCACGUUGCUAGGCAACACACUCAUCGUCAUGCUCACCAGCCUGGAUCCAGGCCUGCGUGCACCCAUGUACUUCUUCUUGCGCCAGCUGGCGCUGGUGGAGAUCUGCUUCUCAAUGGACGUGGCGCCCCGUCUGCUGGUGACCCUACUGCAGCCAGGACGUGGGAUGUCCCCGACAAGCUGUGCCCUGCAACUGCUCCUCGUGCUGUCCUGUGUCACAUCUGAGUGUUUCCUCCUCACGGUCAUGGCCUGGGACCGCUUCCUGGCCAUAUGCAGGCCACUGCGCUACGGCGCCAUCAUGAGUUUGAGGCUGUGCCACCUGCUGGCCACCACUUGCUGGUUGGCAGGAAUCCCCGUGGCUCUGGUCUUCACUAUCUGGCUCUUUAACUUUCCUUUCUGUGGGCCACGGGGCAUCCGGCACUUCUUCUGUGACAUAGCACCUCUUCUGAGCCUGGUGUGUGCAGACACCAGAGUCUUUGAGGCCAAUGUGUUUGUGGCCACUGUCCUUGUCAUCAUGGUUCCCUUCUGUCUUAUAGCUACAUCCUACGUCAUGAUUCUGACUACUGUCCUUCGGAUGCCAUCAGCCUCUGGGCGCCACAAGGCCCUGUCCACCUGUGCCUCCCACCUUAUCGUGGUAAUUCUGUUUUACGGCACAACAGGGGUCAUCCACUUGCGCCCCAAGGCCAGCUACUCUCCUGAGAGCAAGCAAGUGGUGUCCCUGUCGUACACUAUGGUGACUCCCAUGCUCAAUCCUCUCAUCUACAGUCUGCGGAACAAGGAGGUCAAAGCUGCCUUUGGCCGUGUGUGCUGUGGACGCCAAGGGUCUAGACUCUAGACUCUAUGAAUGAAUUCUCUCUCCUACCACCUUUCAGAUUCAAAAGAAAUUGUUGAGGGCCACUU